GAAGCUGGAUACUAUCAGACAUAGAGCAGUGUCGGCACCGCUGCGCCUGCUUUACGUGGUUAUCGCGCACGAUUUCGCGCACGAUGUCGACGUACUCGAAGGACUUCGCGUAAGGGUAGAACGCGGAAGAAGAUAAUUUCCGCUUGCGAGUGCGUGUCUCGGUGAAUAAAAAAGUGACGAUUCUUUGCUAAGAGUAGUAGUCAAAUUAAAAAAUUUCAUAUAUACAGAGAGAAGUGCCAACGGAAGAAGAAAGCGAAUAUUCUCCGUAAUCACCGAAAGGAUUCUGGACGAGAAUCCUUCUCGUUUUUUUUUUUUUUUUGAAAAAGAAUAAUUUGUGCGAAACAAACAAAAAAAAAAUUUUAAACACAGAGUUUUUUGUCGGACAAAUCUUUAAAGAUGAGAAACGUCUUAUAUUUGGAUGUGUAAUGAGUUUGAUGUACAUCUUAUCAAUGUAAUUUCCUCGCUUGCUUGAUCUCGUCCUAAUAAGAAGAAAUGAUGAACGCGAGAAGGCGAUAAGAAGAAAACCACAAAUUUGUGUUGGUGUUUUUCAGACGGACAGAUGCAACGAAUACGAGAGAAGACGAGAUGGCCGAGGCGGCACCGAGAACGACGUUAUCGUCCUUCCUCGAAUCAACGAACCAUCUUCGUGAUCCUUCGACUAGAUCGUGAACUCCCGCGACUUUUUCCUAUUCAAAUAUUUCGAGAGAAAGAUAUCAUCGUAAGGAUGUAGGCAGGCUCGAGUUCAGGCCCUGUCGUGGCCGAGUUUCCUUACGCGAUUCUUUCUAUAUAUAUAUAUAUGUAUAUGUAUGUAUAUAUAUAUAUAUAUACAUAUAUAUAUAUAUUUUUUACUAUAAUGUAAGUAUAUACACGUUCCGAACAUACGAAAAAAGGAUCAUAAGGUCGGAAAGUGGAAAGAUCGUCGAGCGUGUCAAAGCCGCUCCCACAAAAAUCUCUCGAGAAUAUAGGCACGAUCCUUCUACUCGAUCGUCCUACUUUUUUCUCUCCCUCUCCCUCUUCUCAAAGCAUCCGUGCAUCUUGGUGCAUCCCAGUGCAUCUCAGUAUCCCAGUGCCCGUUAGAUUGUCGAAGGAGAAUAAAAAGAAGAGUGGUUAGCGUUCGUAAAAGAAGUGGCCGGUCUCGACGUUUAAUAAGCGGGAAAAAAGGAAGGAAAGCAAAGAAGGAGGUCUCCCGAUCAACGAGAUAUGAAAAUGCGUGCGAAAAUAAUAAAAGGCACUACACGUGACAACGUCAUUCUUCUUGAUGACGGUAUGAUAACCCGAAGCCGAUGACACGAUCGUCGGAGUGCCGUGAUAAGUGUUAGUGGCUUAGCGUGUAUGUCGUACAGCGUAUACGUAGGAUGUUGUUCCUGGAAGUUGUCCAAUAGUCCACGAGGAGAAAGAUAGCAACAGCGAAAAUGGUGGAUCUAGAGGGGUACAUCAUUAUGUUGGCGAAUAAGAACGGGGAGAUGAAGUUAUAUGGUUCUCGUGCAGAUAACGCGGACAGUUUGGAAUUCGACGAUGAAAUUCUCCAAGUGAACGGCCGUACUCUGCAAAAUGCAACCUACACGGAAGUCAUUCAGUACAUACACCAGUGCAUCAAAUCACGCACGAUAUCUCUUCGAUUACGCAGAAGGAAGGAGAGCCGGAUCGAAGAGCUGGAUGGACCAAAUGCUGUACGGAUACGAGACGGUUGGGUUAUCGCUGUCGAAAGAGGCGUAAGAGAAAGGUUGAAAGAGCUCGCUGCCCUUAGAAGCAUCCAGUUACGGGAUAUCGAAGCCAUAUUAGAUCAUCAGAUAAACGAGACUGGCGCAUCCACGAGCGAGGAGAGCACGAGAAAAGAUGUAACAAGUAAUCAGGUCACCGUGACCCUCGCGGAUGAGGAUGUACGUAAUACGAACACCUUCUUCACAAAACUUAGUAACGGUACGAUUCCUAAAGGAUUGACCAAGGACGGUCAGGAUACGCGAGAAGGAAAAACUUUGCAGGAACGAAAGGACAUCUUGGAAAAACAACAAACCUCAUCAGAUGAAACGAAUCUUUUGCAACCAGUGCAAAGCAGCAAGGUAGGGGAACGUCGUGCUAGCAGUCCCUUCCAAAAUGGCCGGACAGAGGUCCUGAUUGGAGAACCGGAGGGCGGCCCGAGGUCGCCGCGAGGAUCGACGUCUUCAGCGGUGAACGACGGCAAUUUUCUUAAUCCACCGGACGAACGCGAAGCAAUUUACAGCGAAUUCCUCGGAAGAUCGACGCAGACGGCCGACCGGACGAAAGUUCGCCGUGUGCUCAAGAGACGCAAUGCGAUUAGGUCCCGUCGACGUAGCGGCAGUGGCGCAUCGGAUAUACAGCAACAGCAACAACAGCAGCAACAACAACAGCAGCAGACGCAGCUGCAAGAGAACAACAACGGGAGUUCACGGGAUACAGGAAAGAAAUUGCAGGAGGGAUUGGGUCCCGAUGAGAUGUGGGCUCCUGGUGCCCUAGGCCAUCACCGGGAGCUACCAGUCGAUGUGCCCGACACCUUAUUACAGAAGGCCUAUCCCAAUAAGGUAAAGAAUUGCUCGCCCGACUAUCGGAAUGAGCUUCGUCGUCCCCGUAGCGCUAGCGACUUAGACCUCUCCCUAAACGUUAAGAACGAUAUUUUAAAAAAACGCACGACGGACGAUCGCGUGAGGCUUGGUCUAACAGCCGAUCGGCCUGACGUCACCGAUGGCCCACGCUCGAUCCUCCUCAACGGUGGCGGCAAGCCGUCGAUACUCGAGAUCGAGCUAAAGAUCGGCUCGAAGGAGGAGGAUAAAGAGGAGGAGAAAGAAAAGGAUAAAGAGGAACUGAAAGAGUUUCAGAAGGAGAAAUUGAAGAUGGAGAAGACAAACGGUAGUAUAUUGAAAGCUAUCGAGACGAAAGAUCCAAAGAGUCCCUUCAGGGGCGAUCAUGCCGAUGACGAAGACGAGGAGGAGGGCUCCAGCGAGGAGGCAAAUGGUCAAAAGGAAUCGAGCGUGGACAUCGAAGAUGAGUAUCCUUUCGCUAAGGAAGACUAUCCGACAAUGUUGAAAACCUGUAGUGACGACUCGGCAAGUCCACGCAGUUCCUCGAGCCGAUCGGAUAGUACAGCACCAUUAGAUACUAGUCUGGUGCUAAGGCAUAGUACCGACGAGAAGAAAAAGAAGAGUAAGAAGGUUAAAGCUCGUGACAAAGAUUCACCGAGCUAUGACGCUAGGCGAAUCGAUCUUGGCUCACCUUGCCGACCUGUCGUUACUGAGCUACCGAUCAAGGUGACGCCUUUAUUCGCUCGUGCACGCGAUACGACCUCGUUUGACAAUCCGGCGUAUGGCUUGCCGGAUUUCCAAGACAUUCAGGGUCUCCUGAUUAGAUCGGACGAGGUGUCGGAUCUCACAAGACUCAUCGAUGAGCAAUGUCCAAUACCAAGAAUGCCAGCUAGUCUUCAAGAUCGGACACAAUCGGAACCUCAGAGUCCUCAGAUCGAAUCCUCAAUGGUGAUCCUUGGUAAUACAACAUCGAGAAAGAGUUCGAAACACCAACAAAAGGAGAAGUUCGCGAUAAAAACGAAAAGUCAGGAUCAGAUCGAAGAACGAGUAAGUGCGAGCUCGACCGACGAUCUUCUUGGAAUCGAAUCUACCAAUUGUCUCGAGUCCUCCUCCGCUCGACAAAGAUCCAAGAAAAAACGUCAUCAACAGAUAUCAAGCGGUUACUCGACAUUAAGAAGCGAGGUCUCGAGCGAUCUCGAAUUCACCGAUCGCAGCUUCCUUGUUGUCAGUGGAAAAGGUUAUCGCGAGGUUGCCGUUGAUUGUCCACCUGACUUCGUACCGGUCACCAAGUGCCAUCCGAUUUAUCCUCCGCCAAACAAAACGCCCGGCAACAGCAAGCACAACACUCUCGAACUGAAACGUGAUCGUAAUGGAGAGAACGUUGUCGUCAGAGAGACGACAACGACGACAACGACGACAAGUACGAUGACAACAUUGAACACGAUGACCAUGGCGAACAACAUAGUGACCCUAGAUUCCCCUAGACUUCGCUCGAACGAUAUAAAUCUCUCAAUGCCGAACAAAGCACCGAUCGUGUCGUCACCUCCCACGCUAGCCACCGAUGCUAGCGCUAGGGAAAACGUAGUCGCGCGUACGAUAGACCGAAAGCACGAGUCCAAGAAGGUAAGGUCCAAAGUAAAGAGCUUCCUUAUCGAAAGCUUCUCCUCUAUCAUGCACCAAGAUAAGCCUCGCCGGCACAAUAGUAAAAAGCUUCACCUAGACGCUUUCAGCACGAAUCUAGAGCUUCGCUCUUACGAUUUCUCUCUUUCUAACCAGACAUCUCGCUUCAGCGAGAGAUCCUUUAAACGGUCUUCCUCGAUUCACGAUUUAUUUAUUCCUGAACACAAGAAGGAUUUCCGUUUAUCCUGCAUCGCUACCUUAUCCACCGAUUACAACAAUCGUGAUCACAUUGAUGAAUGUAAAGUCGUUUUUCUCGACGAUGACAGAAAGAGAGAGAUUCUCUCGUUCGAGACCAAUCAGAACUCACGAAAUUCCCAACGCGAGAAUUCCUCCAUUAAAGACGUUACGACGAUCAUGGACCUUCUCGAGGAUCGCGCUAAAUCUUCCUUAGACAUAUCUCCGGACACGCAGAAUAAGAAGAACGCGAGAUUGUCACUUGAAUAUGAAAAACGAUUGAGAUCACAAAGCGUUUUGGAUGUAACCAACUCAAAAACUAUGUUCGUCAAACCGAUCGCGAGAACGAACUCUAUUGAAUCCAAAUUUAUUACGAUCGAUCGUACACCAUUCUCGAUGAAUAUUCUUCAGAAAGAUACUUUUUCGUCCGCUUCUUCUCUUCUUCCUCCUCGUCCUCUUUUCUCUGCUUCUUUCUCCUCUCGCAAUCCUGACGGACAAACAACACCGGACUCAACGAGACUCACGUCGAAGAACAGUGCGUACAACACGCUAUAUGCUUACCAGGACCACGACGAUCUUUGCGUACUACAGGCUGGUCUUAAUGGAGUCAAACCUGCCAUCCCGCCCAGAGAUCAAAAAAGGGCACCCGCUAGACCACCGAAGGAUAGUCUCAGACUUUCGAGCCAGAACAACAACGUCGAGAGCAACGAUUAUGCUAAUACUACGGAACCUACGCAGCAACAGCUUCAUUCCAUUAGGAAAUAUCAGGAACAAUUACGGAAACGCAAGGACGAGGAGGAGAGGCAAGAAAUCUUGAAUCGAUCGCUUCGUGGCUCAACGAAGCUUCAAGCUUUAGAAAGUCAUGCCACGAAUCUUACCGGCCAAGAGAAUCUCGCAUAUGCUCAAGACGAGUUGACCACCACUGUUACUCGUCCUGUUCAUGUCGCACCUCAAGCGCCCUUAACAUACGGAGAGGUCGUUGCCACGUUGGAGAGAUUGCAGCUUCAGUUACGAAAUAUCUCCGGUGCUCUCGGCAUUUCGGGUCCAAGUGUGGAAGCCGAACUUGAGGCAGUUCGGACGCUUUUGCUACAAAGCCAAUUUGCAACUGCCACAGCUACGCAUUACGCUUUGAAAACGCGAUUAAGGUCGAACAAGGUUCUUAGACAUCAUGCCGAAGAUUCAUCGACAUUAGCUCGGGACUGCGUAGACGUAUUAGAAAAAUGGCAAUCAUCAUCAACGGCAACGGAUGUUGGUGCGGCGGAAACGAUGGCUGCCGUGGAGGAGCUGACGGGUAUUCUUACGAGUUACGACAUGGAGGCAUUACUUAUAGCACAUGAUUCUAUAGUUUCGUAUGUGGAAGGCUUCCAAAGAAAGCACAGUCCUGCGUCUUCGUCACCAAGUCGCCCACCAAGUCCUACAUCGAGUUGGAGAGAGUCACGUGUAGAUAAUAUCAAAAUAAUUAGGAUCGAAAAAACUAACGAACCUUUGGGUGCUACUGUUCGAAACGAUGGUGAUGCAGUUAUUAUCGGUCGUGUUGUUCGAGGUGGUGCAGCAGACAAAUCCGGACUCCUGCAUGAAGGAGAUGAAGUUUUAGAAGUUAAUGGAGUUGAAAUGCGUGGAAAAAGUGUUAACGAUGUUUGUGACAUUUUAGCUGGCAUGCAGGGUAGUCUUACGUUCUUGGUAUUACCAGCACCAACGAAUUACCGAAAUAAUUUGAAUAAUAGGAAAGAGGACACUAAUCAAAUACAACAUAUACGUGCACACUUUGAUUAUGAUCCUGAAGAGGAUCCAUAUAUACCAUGUAGAGAACUCGGAGUUAGUUUUCAAAAAGGUGACGUUUUGCAUGUGAUUUCUCAAGAGGAUCCAAACUGGUGGCAAGCUUAUAGAGAAGGUGAAGAGGAUCAAACUUUAGCUGGUCUUAUACCCAGUAAAGCCUUUCAGCAUCAACGAGAAUCCAUGAAGCAGACGAUAGCUGGUGGAAAGUCGACGGUACGGGGUUCGAAGAAAUCUAGUACACUAUUGUGUGCGAGAAAAAAUCCAAAGAAAAAAAAACGAAACAAACUUGGUACCAAUUUCAACGACGACGGUUAUCCUCUUUAUGCGACGACAACGAUAGACGAUUACGACAGCGAGGAAGUGCUAACGUACGAGGAAGUAGCUUUAUAUUAUCCAAGAGCGAAUCAUAAGAGGCCUAUCGUUCUUAUUGGUCCUCCUAACAUCGGUAGACAUGAACUGAGACAGAGAUUAAUGCAAGACAGCGAACGUUUUGCAGCUGCUAUUCCUCAUACGAGUCGUCCAAGGAAGGACUCAGAAGUUGAUGGUCAGGAUUACCACUUUAUCUCUCGCUCACAAUUUGAAUCCGAUAUUCUCUGUCGGAAAUUCGUUGAACACGGCGAGUAUGAAAAAGCAUAUUACGGUACUUCUGUCGAGGCUAUAAGAUCGGUUGUGAAUUCUGGGAAAAUCUGCGUCUUGAAUUUACAUCCUCAAAGUUUGAAGAUCCUACGGAGUUCGGAUUUAAAACCAUACGUGGUCUUUGUAGCACCUCCUAGUCUCGAAAAGUUACGACAAAAACGUAUUAAAAGUAACGAGAGUUUUAAGGAAGAAGAAUUGAAGGACAUAAUAGAGAAGGCUCGGGAGAUGGAAGACAAAUACGGUCAUCUAUUCGACAUGAUCAUCAUUAAUAACGAUACAGAUCGUGCUUAUAAUCAACUUCUUACAGAAAUUAAUUCAUUAGAAAGGGAACCACAAUGGGUACCUGCGUCUUGGAUUCAGUAAUGGUAUACUGAAUGGAUGACGAAUGUGUCUUAGAUAUCAAUGCCAUCGCGAGUUUAAUGGCACGUUACUAAAUACCGAUUAAGAAACAGAUUAUAAUAUAAAUGAAUUGAUUCUUUCGUAAGUACUUACUCGUUACUGGUCUUGCGUGGUAAACUUGUACCUUGUUGAACGAUUGCACGUACUACGAUUGAGAUGCCAAUUGACGAUCAUUUUAAAAUUAAAAUCUUGUAGUUCCUGAUGGCCGAGGUUCGCACGUCGUUCGUAAGCGAAUCCUCAUGAUGUCAAAAUGACAUUGAUCGAUCUGAAUCGGUUUGACUCGGACGAUAAGAUUUUUGAAGGAACAAUGCGAUACCAAUUUCUCAUGUUAGAAUUAUAAAUGCAGAAAAUCUUGUUGAUCCUGGGAUAACCAUUAUGUAGAAUUAAUUCGUUUAAAAUGAAAAAAAAAAAAAAAAAAAAAUCAAGUUGACGCGUGAAACGCAUUCGCAAAAAAUUUUAUAUUUCGAUCAUCUAUCUGGACCUUCGUAUCGCAAUACAAUAUAUAUUUAUCCAAUCACUUUUCAAUUUACUAUAACUAAAUCGUCGUGUUUAUUAUAUUUUUCAAAUCACAUUCUCAUUUCUUUCUUUCCUGUUAAUUUAUCGCGAUAUCAUUAACAUUUAACUGUUACGUGUUGUCCCAUUCAAAAAUCAAAUCUAUAUCAAAAUUCUUAUUUUACAUUACGACGAAAGAAUUGUAUCUCCCGACUUAUAAAUAUAAUAAAAAUGUCGACUGAUGAUCGUACUAGCGAAUAAGUCGUUUUAAUGCGACAGUUUGAACAUAAAACUUUUAAUAGAACUUUAGAUAAACUCAUCAAUUGUCUAGUAGUACGUUUAUUGAGAAAGAGAACUAUUACUUUAAAAAGUUCUUAGAGAAAUAUUGAAUGUAUAAACAGAAAAAAAAAAAUAGGACAUAGAAUGAAAAAGUGAAGGAAAAUGAAAAAAUUAAGGAUGCGUUUAAGUAAAAAUAUAAGAAAAUAGUAAUUCUCCGUAUUUAAAAUGCAAACAAAAUACAGCUCGGUGUUCGACUUAAAAUGGUGCUUUAAAGUUGAUAUGGUUCCUUGCAAUUAGGUCAUCGAUAUAUUUUCUUGUGCUUCUUAAAUAUUUUAAAUACACGUACCCCGUUAAAAGUGAAUGAUGAUAAAACGAUGAUAUAGCUUAGACGGGGAAGUUACUCAUUUUACCGUCCUGCGUAAACAAUAUAUAAACUCAAUGAAUAUUCGAAUAGAUACGAGCGAUUAGUUACGAUCGACACUGUUACAUUAAUAACGACUAAUUCUUAAGUAUGAUCAUAGAGUUUAUAGAGAGAAGAUCGUUAGAAAGACUUCCGUUAUGUCUUCGAUGAUUUACUUUUGUAAAAAUUCGUAUCGUCGAAUCGAUAUUAUUAGACAAAAAGUAUUUUAUAAAGGUAGUAUCUUUUUUAUAAAUAUAAUUUUAAAGAGUUUCAUUAAAGCAUAUCACACGCAAGAAGUUCAUAUGAAUCAUAAUACUCGUAAAAUCCGUGACUCCUUUAUUCUUGGCAUAGCUAUUGACUUUUAUCGCACGUCUCUAAUAACAAUAGUUAUUAAAAGAUAAAUUCUCUCUGUGCACGAAUAAAUCGUUACGAACGUCAUAGGAGUUGCUAAAAUUAACGUCGAAAAAAAUCUUUUUAAUACUCUUUUUCUAAAAGUACGCAAGAAUAUUACAUCGUGCCAACGUCUUUGCACUUUUAUCAUAGUUUCGAUCGUCGUACUACUCCGAAAAACCCUUUCAAAAAAUUCCAACUUACGAUAUGGUCGAUGUAAAGUCGAGCAGUGAAUUAAAAAAAAAAAAAAAAAAAAGAAAGGCGCUCAUAGUGUUAUCGAUGUGCUCCCCACUCCCCCCAGAUUCCGUCUUGCGUGUAUUCACGUACUGGUUAUUAAAAAUUAGGUUUACGAAUACUGCUCCGAAAGUGCGUUUACAAGCUGAUUUUUAUCAACUAAAGGAACUAAAUGAUCUUUUCAUUUAAUUCCUGAACAAACUCCAGGUAUUAAUCUUCCAUUAUUCUACUUUUCAUAGUUACGAUAUUGAAACAAUUACUCUGAAUCUAUCUUGUAAACUCGCUUUUCGAAUUGGUCUCGUAAUAGUGAUAUUAAAGAGCGAAGAAAGUUCAUUAAAAAGAAGAAAAAUUAAGAAUAAGAAAUAAAGAGAGAGAAAAAAAGAAAAAAAAAAAAAAGGAAAAGAUAAGUCAGAUUACUCUCGUCGGUCUAAAAAAAGAAAAAAAAAAAAAAAAAAGAAAAAAAAUAUGGGCGAAAUUUCGCAUGGAUCAAGUAGAGCAGAUUAAACGUUCAUUAGAUCGAUGAUGUUAAGAUUAGCUGUCGAGAACAGAAUAGAUAUUUAAGAUAAAAAAAAAAAACAUAAAUGUCGAUGUCGAAACAUUGUAAAACUAGACACAUUAUUAGGGAACUAUUACUUCGUGAUAACAUUAUAAAAAAUAUCUAUAGCCCAGGAUACCUACGGAGAGGACGAAAAAAAUAUAAAAUAUUAAGUUAACUUGUCCCAUCGGAUGAACUAAAUAGAGAAGAGGGGACAAUAUUCUGCCAAGUUUAUUAAAAGAAAGAAAUAAUAUGCGAAUGAAUUUCUGAGAUGUGCCAAAAUACUUCUGGGUAAACGUUUAGUGGAGGAUUUAAAUAAACAAAACAAAAAAAAAAUAGGGAAAGAGAAAGAGAGAGAAGAAAAGAAAAGAAAACGUAUUUUAAAAUGCGCUCAAAAGAAACUUUUAGGACGUAUACAUAUUAUACAAACACACACACAUACACACACACACAAAUCAUAUAUAUAUA